AUGGCGACGCCACGAUUUCUCUCGGUACGUUUCAAGUUCCGCUUCCGCGGGGACGGUGAUCUCAUCUCCAAGGCUGAAAGUCCAGAACUUCCACAAAUCACGUUCUUGAUGAUCAGAUGCUUGGUCAUCUCGCGCAGUCUGCAUGGUCGUUCACAUCUCGCCACACUGGGCAACAACGACAUCGCUCACAGGCCUACUCUCCUGCUUGACGCGAGUGUUCUCGACUUUUCGGACCACGUCCAUGCCGUCGAUGACUUUGCCGAAGACGACGUGUUUGUUGUUCAGGAAGGGGGUUGCUACUGUUGUGAUGAAGAAUUGGCAGCCGUUGGUGUUGGGUCCGGAAUUCUGUGGAUAUUAGUAGGCGUUUCUGGGGUAGGUGCAGUGCGAAGGUACCGCCAUGCUGAGCAAACCGGGCGUGUCGUGCUUCAGUUCGAAGUUUUCGUCGGCGAACGCUUUCGUUCCGUAGAUGGUGGUGCUACCGGUGCCGUCGCCGUUGAGGAAGUCGCCGCCUUGGAUCAUGAAGUUGUUGAUCUGUUGAUGGUUCUCCUACGCAUGCGCUUAGUAUCUACAUCCCACAAAGUAUAUGAUCAAGCUCUACCUCCUAACGUCAAGUCAAAAAAGACGACCGGGUUUGCAGCAGCCUCACUGUUGCUUGCCAUGGUUACCACAAUGGAUGGGGGAGUCAACGAAGCAGCUCGAAGCUGA